AUGUACGAUAUAUUUCAAGCAAAAACGGCAGAAAAAGCAAGUUUGUUCCAGAAUAACAGGAUCUUGCCUGUUCCCUACAAAGAAAUAUCUCUUCAAAAUUUCUGCUCAUGAAAUUGUCAGAAAAUUCAUGGAUUUUUCCAAAAUUAUGAAAUGAACACUAAUGAAAAAUACUGAAUCACUGGAGAAGAUUCAUUGAAGAAGCCAGUCAUAGAGCAAAAAGCCUCCAAACUGCCUCCUUUGUUGACUAGCAAUUUGAAUAGACAUGAGUCUUCAGGAAGUCUUGAUAGUUUAGUAGAUAGCCAAACCGAACAUUUGCCUUCAUCACAGAUUCAAAAUUUAUCAAGAAGACAAAUGAAGAUGAUUGAAAGAAAUUUCACUAACUCAAGUGCAAGGAAAGAUGUCAUUUAUAAAGCCAUCCUCAGGUUCUUCAGAAGAGCCUGUCAGUUUGGAGUCAAGCAGAUAGAAUGCAGGUACGAUGGAUAUGAACAAAUUAAUCAAGUAUCUUGUCAUCAUCUGGAGGAGAAGUCUUCUGUUUUUCUCCAGGAAGUACUAGGGCUGACAGUGACUCCUGAGCUUGAAGAGAUCUUUUCAAUAAUAAUUUCUUUUAACCCUGACAAGACUAACCUUGCCAGGUCAAGCUAUAUUUUUAGCAGUUUAUUCACUGGAAGCAUCACCAAAUUUAAUCGUAAAAAAUUGCAAAAAUUGUUUGAGAACAAAUUAUUCGCACGAGUGUUCCUAGCUUUCUGGAAAAAUACAGAGAGGUUCUCAGAAAUGGUACUAAGCCUAAACUCGAAGAGGGAUGAAGAAAUCAAUCAGAGAGCCUUCAAAUAUUAUCUGGAUAGGCUAUGCCACGCAUGCAAUCAGACUUUGGGAGAGUAACCCAGAGAGAUUAAUGAUGCUAAUUUCUCAAUAAAAAUUU